AAUAAAUAAUUUGCGUUCCUAUUCUGCACCACACACACACACACACACACACACAAUACACGCACUCGUACAUCUCCCCCCUUCCCAACCGACGCGCUUUUUCCUUCUUAUCUCUCUCUCCUCUCUCUCUUCUCUCUCUCUUAUUUUUCACAUUCUUCUCUCUGUCAACACCUCCGUCGCCUGCGGCAGUGUUCCGGUGAGCCCUAUAAAUUCUUGCCGGGAUAGCCGCCGGAUCUCUAUCCCGAUUACUCCUCCGACCAUUUUUCAUUUCUCCGCCGGAAAAAUCGAGUUUACUUCAAUUUUUAUCCACCUGGGAUCGGUGGUGAAGAUCGAGCCAUUAUUUCUGUAAUUUUGACCAAUGUGCCUGUAAUAUGAGCAUUGUUUCUUUUGACUUUCAUUUUAGGGAAAGAAUCCUGGCUUAAAUCUCGAACCAAUUUUGGCUCUUUCUACGCUUAGAUUCGCAAUUUAUUACCCCCUCGAUUCCGUUCCAUACCCCUGCCAUUUUUCCUAUAUUACAGCAAUCCCCCAAUCCGGGGAAGGAAAGAUUUCAUUUUUUUCUUUUUUUAUUUUUUUUUCCGGAUCGCAAGAUUUUGUUAACAAAACAAAGACAACACAGUCCAAGCAAAACUGCAGUUUAAUAUUUCUAGCGUUCUAUGGGGUUGUUGGCAUGUGCAGAAUAUAAGUAGUAGAAAUAAGGAAUAAAAGUAGAAACUGGUUGGGGGUGAAAAAUGGGGCUGAAAACGGGGUCGUUUGGUGGUGAGAGAUUGGAGAAGCUUAGAAAUAGUGGGAUGGUAUCACGGUCGAGGAUGAAGCUUUGGAUGAUUAGGGCUACCACUUCGAUUUUGCUGUGGACUUGUUUAGUUCAGCUUACGGCUUUGAGCGAAACUUGGGGGCCUCGUGUUUUGAAGGGUUGGCCUUCUUGCUUUUCUCAAGAAUCCGGCGCUGUUGCCUUAGAUGUUCAUUCGUCUCUCGAACUUCCCGUUAGAGUUCUUCCACCCAAGAGGGUUUACAAGAACAAUGGUUACCUGAUGGUUUCAUGCAAUGGAGGGCUUAAUCAAAUGCGGGCAGCGAUAUGCGACAUGGUUGCAAUUGCAAGAUACCUAAAUGUUACAUUGAUAGUCCCUGAACUCGACAAGACUUCUUUUUGGAAUGAUCCUAGUGAGUUCCAAGAUAUCUUCGACGUGGAUCAUUUCGUUACGUCAUUAAGAGAUGAAGUUCGAAUACUAAAGGAGCUACCUCCGAGGGUAAAGAGGAGAGUAGAAUUAGGGAUGAUAUAUACAAUGCCACCUGUCAGUUGGUCGGAUAUUUCGUACUAUCACAAUCAGAUUCUUCCAUUGAUUCAGAAAUAUAAAGUCGUCCAUUUGAACAGAACAGAUGCUCGUCUUGCAAACAACGAACAGCCAAUGGACAUUCAGAGGCUCCGUUGCAGAGUUAACUUUAGUGCUUUAAAGUUCACCCCUCAGAUAGAAGAAUUGGGUCGAAAAGUUAUCAAAAUAUUAAGACAAAACGGUCCUUUCAUCGUACUUCAUCUCAGAUAUGAAAUGGACAUGUUAGCCUUUUCUGGCUGUACUCAGGGCUGCAAUAUGGACGAGGUCGAAGAAUUAACGAGAAUGAGAUAUGCUUACCCAUGGUGGAAAGAGAAGAUUAUUGAUUCUAAUAUGAAAAGAAAAGAAGGUCUAUGCCCUUUGACCCCCGAGGAAACUGCACUCACAUUACGUGCACUAGAUAUCGAUCGCAAUAUUCAAAUUUAUAUAGCUGCUGGAGAAAUAUACGGUGGAGAAAGAAGAUUAUCUAGUCUUACCGCAUCUUAUCCAAAUUUGGUGAGGAAAGAGACACUUUUGGAAUCUUCAGACCUUAGGUUUUUCCAAAAUCACUCGUCCCAAAUGGCAGCUCUCGAUUAUCUUGUUUCACUGGAGAGUGAUAUAUUCGUUCCCACAUAUGAUGGGAAUAUGGCUAAAGUUGUUGAAGGCCAUCGCAGAUAUCUUGGAUACAAGAAAACAAUAUUGCUGGAGAGAAGGCUAUUAGUGGACAUAAUAGACAAGUACAACACUGGUUCACUAUCUUGGGACGAGUUCUCGAAUGCCGUUAAAGAUGUUCAUGCUGAAAGAAUGGGAAACCCUAUCAGGAGAUCUGUUAUUCCCGAUCGACCUAAAGAAGAGGAUUACUUUUAUGCCAACCCUUGGGAAUGUUUGCAGCCUUCGUACGAAGACGAACCGCUACACCUAAGUAGUGUUUGAAGCCUUCUUAUUAUUCUGUAGGAUUUGGCUAGAACAAAAGAAUAUUUGAAGUUACUCGAUGGAAUUUAGGGUUGGAUAUCCUCAAAGAAGAUCACGAGGAAAAAUAACAGAUUUUGUUUGGAGGAGGUGGUGAGGUGAAACUCCGACCUAUGAGGAGAGGUUUGGAAAAACGCAGCAGCUGUAUUACAUUGUUCUUUCUUUUUUUUUGAUUUUUUCUUUUUUGGAAUCCAAGUUAAUAAUACAAUUCAUGUAUAGAAUCUACCCCCGUCAUUUAAGGGGGGUUUAUAUCGACUCGUCUGCACUUUUGUACACAAAGAGAUGCAAAUAUAGAUUACAUUUUACUGCAGCUAUCGAGUCUUUGAGGCUUACCCCUUUUUGUUGCCAUUUCUCGCAUUUCUGUCACCAUUCUUUUUUUCGUUUUUUUGUUGGGAUUCGUAUCUGUUUUGAAGAUAAAUAUGUUUGCGUGUACAUGUAAGAUCAAAUAAUUUCUGUAAUAUUUAUUCAAUUGUUCGUUAGAUUGUU